AUGGUACAAGAAGAAAGAGAGCCCUUGUUGACCAGACCUGAAACAAACGCCAAGGUCAAAAAGACAGCCAGUUCCCAAAACUCUCCAAAUAAUAAUGACAGCCCUGUAAACGUUAAAGCCCCCAAAGUGGGGGCUCAGCGAACUUCCAGAACUGCCCAAAAACUCAAACUGUUGCCAGAAGAACCAUUUAACCGACAGGAAGAUGAACUUGGGGCAAAUGACCGCGAGGUGUACUCUCAAGUCAACAGGAUCACAGACACGCCAGCGAGGCGAGAUGCAGAGAAACUCGGAAAAGGGCAAAGGCAUCUUCUACCUAGAGUUACAGGGUACUGUACCUCAAGCUCCUACAAUAUGAAAGAAUUGAUACGAUGGUUGAAGGACUGUAAAAGAGUACAUCACACGCAUCCAAAAUUGUUUGAUGAGUGCUUAUACACACCAUUCAUCUAUACAGAUUGGAGGGGUGACAUUAGGUUCGCGGAUGAAGAUGUGAUACGGCUAGAUGAUGAAGGCGGCGAAAUUAACGUAAGCGAUAAACAACCGGACUUAUUCAUUUUCGAAUAUGGGGUUAUCGUCAUGUGGGGCUUUACGGAGCGCGAAGAGAAGGCAUUUUUGAAUGAUGUUGAAAGAUUUGAAAAGGAAAAGUUGGCUGAGGAAGAUGUACAAAUUGAGGAGUUUAAUUACUAUAUUACAACAAGCUAUCAGCCUAGAAUCUACAAUGACUUUAUUACACUGAGAGAUGGCUCAAACUACAUGAUUAAGCUCUCUAUCUCGCACGCUAUCGCCCAGAGCGUCAAAAUAUCACUCUUCGAAGAGCUGGUGGAUAACACCAUUGAGGAUACUCAAGAUAUUCCGCAGGAAAUCGCUUCUAGUGGCAAAGUGUCAAUGAGUAAGGAGGACAUAAUGAAAAGUAUAGGAGAAUUGUUCAUUCUUCGUAUUAACAUUAACCUCCAUGGUUCUGUUCUUGAUUCACCUGAAAUCAUGUGGUCAGAGCCUCAAUUAGAACCCAUUUAUCAUGCCACCAGAGGGUAUCUCGAAAUCAAUCAAAGAGUAGCCCUAGUGAACCAAAGAUUGGAGGUGAUAUCCGAUCUUCUUCAAAUGCUUAAGGAACAACUUGGGCAUUCGCAUGAGGAGUAUCUGGAAUUCAUCAUUAUCGUUCUGGUGGGUGUUGAAGUUUUAGUAUCGCUGGUAAACAUUGUUGUCGAUCUCAUCUCAGACGCCAAAUAA